CAGAACGCUCAGAUUGGAUCUGGAGAAUGUGACAUGAUCUGGAACACUCAUAGGGAAAGAGAUAUAACUGCGAGGAUUACUUUACUGUUAAAAACAGUUACCGGAAUUGAUGGAAAUGCGCAAAAACACGCGCGGUUCUUUGGCACGCUGGGGACCGCCGCUAGGAAUGUAGAAGUGUCCGCUUUUAACCGAAGAAUUGGAUUGGAGAAGCCACUGCUCAUUUGUGAUUUGCGGUUUUGAGGAUUACAAUUAUGAUUGAUAUCUUGUACUUGUUGUGCCUCAUACCUGUGUCAGGUGCGGUUACAGACCUGACGAUGAUCUCCAACGCCGUGGCCUCCACCCCUCAGCGCUUCUCCAUAUCUUGCCUCAUAGGGGAGCGGGACGCAGCAGAGUUAGACCUGGACAUCAAGAAGGACAACAGCAUUCUCAUCCUCCCCUCACCAUCCCAAUACAGCGUCAAGAGGCCCAAGACCAAGGAGGUGGUGGCCAACGAGUUUGUUAGUAUAGUGGACCAGACGGGCAUCUUCUAUUGUCAUGCAUCAAAGGGAACUAGUCCUACUAGAAACCUGGUCACAGUCACUCUCAUCAACAACUACAGCAAAGGUCUUUUUGUCCCGGUCCACCUCACAGUAACGACUAACAAAGGGGACACAGUCCACCUGGCCAUGCAGGUCCUCAGCUCCCAGAGGAGAGAUGUCACCUGGAAGUACAAUGGAAACUAUUUCUACAUGACCCACUGGGGUGAUGUGUCCAACAGUACGACUGUAGUAACCCUUGAGAACGUGGCUCGUGCCAACGAGGGCAUCUACAGUGCAUGCUUCGUGGGAGACAGUCCCAUCAAUGGAGCCUGGAUGAGGCUGAUUGUCAGAGACUGUGGCAGUAAGAAGUGGGGUGCCGACUGUGACAAGGACUGUCCAGAGUGUCUCAAUGGAGGGGUGUGCCACGACAGUGAUGGGGACUGUAUCUGUCCACCAGGGUUCAUGGGGAUGCGCUGCGAGACAGCCUGCAGAGAGGGGAUGUUUGGCCGUAACUGUCAGGAGAGGUGCAGGUCAGAGCUGGACUGUGUAGGGUUAAGGUUCUGCCUGGCUGACCCUUACGGAUGCUCCUGUGCCAGCGGAUGGUUUGGGAACCACUGCAACAGAUCCUGCCACAGGGACAUGUACGGGGCAGACUGCAGGCUGAGCUGUAGGUGUAAGAACGGGGGAGUGUGUAACCGUUUCAGUGGAUGCCAGUGUCCCACUGGCUGGAGAGGACAGCACUGUGAGAAAUCAGACCGCGCCCCUCAGAUCUUGGACAUGGCCAGUAGUCUGGAGUGGAACCUUGACUCCAGCCCUGAGAUCCUGUGUUCUGCCACAGGCAACCCCCUGCCUAGCCACACCAGCAUCGAGCUGCGCAAACUGGACAGUUCUGUGCUCAAGGCGUCUCGCACCACCAUGGACUCCAAUAAGAGCACAGCCCAGUUUGAGAUCCCUCGUCUGUCCUUCGAGCAUGCUGGGUUAUGGGAGUGCAGGGUCUCCACCAAUGGGGGACAAGACUCCCGCAAGUUCAACCUCACUGUCAAAGAGCCGCCGUGCCCCAACACCCCUCCCAAGCUGCUGGAGAAGAGGAGUAAGCAACUGGUGGUGAUGCCUGUGGAUUCCUACAGAGGAGACGGACCCAUAGACUCCACCAAGCUCCUCUACAAGCCCAUGGAGACCGGAGACUCCUGGUCCUCCAUCAUAGUGUACAGUAGAGAGCCUAUAACUCUGAUGAAUCUGAAGCCGUCUACACGCUACCACGUCCGUGUCCAGCUGACCCGUCCUGGGGAGGGAGGGGAGGGAUCUCUGGGGCCCGAGGCCAUCAUGGAGACUGACUGUCCAGAGCCAACGGUUCGACCGGAGAUUGACUUCAGUUCGCUGGAGGGCCGCAACGCCACCGUACGCUGGCUGUUGCCUGGUAACGAUGGCGGGGCCGUGGGUGCGGCCAGCGGGUUCUUAGUGCAGCUCUUCGGGCCCUCCCCCUCAGGAGAGAAGCUGAGAGAGGAGACCACCCUGCUCAAUGUGCUCUCCACCAAGUUCUACAACCUGCAGUACCACCAAGACUACACAGUGGUCGUCAGGCUGCUCAACUGUGGCAGUCUGGGGCCUGCCUCUAAGCCUUAUCACUUCCGCAUCAACAGCCAGGGUCCCUCCUCCCCUCGUAAUGUCCAGGCCCUGCCCCUGUCUGUGUCUGCGGUGCAGGUGAAGUGGCAGCCCCCUGAGGACCCUAACGGGGGCAUAGUGAAGUACAUCAUAGAGUACCAGCCAGUGGGUCAGGGCAGCCUGCACCCCUGGGUAGAUACUGACGAUGGCAACAAGACAGCUAAAGACGUGACAGCACUUAACGGGAGUACUCUCUACCAGUUCAGAGUGAGAGCCUUCUCUAAAGUACCGGGGGAGUGGAGCAAGUUGGUCCAUGCCAGGACCCAGGGAGAUGGCUUCCAGGACUUCACUCCAACCACCCAGGGUGUGGGGGGGCGUCCAGGCAGCGAGGGCUACCAGCUGGUGGUGGCGGUAGUGGGGUCUGUGACGGUCACCUGUGUCACCAUCCUGCUGGCCCUGCUGGCCCUCUUCUGCAUCCGCAAGACCCUGCUCAACCGCAGACGCAACUUCACCUACCAGUCUGGAUCGGUGAGAGACAGAGGAGAGGAGACCAUCCUGCAGUUUAACUCUGGGACCCUGACCCUGACGAGGAGACCCAAGCCUGCCGCCGAGUCCCUCACCUACCCCAUCCUGGAGUGGGAUGACAUCAAGUUUGAGGACGUCAUCGGAGAGGGCAACUUCGGCCAGGUCAUCAAGGCCAUGAUCAAGAAGGAUGGGGCCAAGAUGAGCGCUGCUAUCAAGAUGCUGAAAGCAGAGUUUGCCUCUGAGAAUGACCACCGGGACUUUGCAGGAGAGCUGGAGGUAUUGUGUAAACUGGGCCAGCAUCCCAACAUCAUCAAUCUCAUAGGAGCCUGUGAAAACAGGGGGUACCUGUAUAUUGCCAUUGAGUACGCCCCCUAUGGUAACCUGCUUGACUUUCUGCGUAAGAGCAGAGUCCUGGAGACAGACCCCGCCUUUGCCAAGGAGCAUGGCACCGCAUCCACCCUCACCUCACAACAACUGCUGCAGUUUGCCGUCGACGUGGCAACUGGCAUGCACUACCUUAGUGACAAACAGUUCAUCCACAGAGAUCUGGCAGCGAGGAACGUUCUAGUGGGAGACAACCUGGUCGCUAAGAUAGCAGACUUCGGUCUGUCCAGAGGAGAGGAGGUCUAUGUGAAGAAGACCAUGGGGAGGUUGCCUGUGCGUUGGAUGGCGAUAGAGUCCCUAAACUACAGUGUGUACACCACCAAGAGUGACGUAUGGUCUUUCGGUGUACUUCUAUGGGAGAUAGUGAGUUUAGGUGGUACUCCUUACUGUGGGAUGACCUGUGCCGAGCUUUAUGAGAAGCUCCCUCAGAGCUACAGGAUGGAACAGCCCAGGAAUUGUGACGACGAAGUGUAUGAGUUGAUGAGGCAGUGCUGGAGAGACCGGCCCUAUGAGAGACCUCCGUUCUCCCAGAUCUCUGUACAGCUCAACAGAAUGCAGGAGGCCAGGAAGGCCUACGUGAACAUGGCGCUCUUUGAGAACUUCACCUAUGCUGGGAUAGACGCCACGGCCGAGGAGGCCUGACUUCCAGCCCCCCCAGACCCCGACAGGUCUCGUAGCCCACAGGAGAGGCCCCGAGGCUGGGCACCGCGUUACUGCCACCCCCCUGCUGCGGCCCAACGUGGGGACCGGUGGAACAACAGACGAUCCACCCGGACCACUAGGCUAUAGAGGGAGGACUGUGAAAGGACACUAUCAAGGUCUGAUGGGGGGACUGGUUGGGACUGGUUUGGGAGUUGUAACACUGGACUUGGUGCUUGUUUGAAGGAAAGUGUGGAAGAGGAAGGUGCUACAUCACAUGUGCUACACUGACAGACUCACAUGUGCUACACUGAUAGACACAUGAUACUACACUGACAGACUCACAUGAUACUACACUGACAGACUCACAUGAUACUACACUGACAGACUCACAUGAUACUACACUGACAGACUCACAUGAUACUACACUGACAGACUCACAUGUGCUACACUGACAGACACAUGAUACUACACUGACAGACUCACAUGAUACUACACUGACAGACUCACAUGAUACUACACUGACAGACUCACAUGAUACUACACUGACAGACUCACAUGAUACUACACUGACAGACUCACAUGAUACUACACUGACAGACUCACAUGAUACUACACUGACAGACUCACAUGAUACUACACUGACAGACUCACAUGAUACUACACUGACAGACUCACACGAUACUACACUGACAGACUCACAUGAUACUACACUGACAGACUCACAUGAUACUACACUGACAGACUCACACGAUACUACACUGACAGACUCACACGAUACUACACUGACAGACUCACAUGAUACUACACUGACAGACUCACAUGAUACUACACUGACAGUGUAUGUGGGGUGCCCUAUGACCUUUCCUCCGUCCAAAUGGAGAGAAUACUUUUUUAUGGACACAUGGACACACGUGGAGUUUGCUGUUCAUUCUGAGAUGGAUUGAGAUGGAUCCGGUUGGGGAGAAACAUACAAUGUAGCACUUGAACCAGAAAUCUGUGUAUUCAACGUGUAUAUUCACUUAUUUCCCGUCUUUCGGAUGGGACGUUAAACGGCUGUCCUGACUCUCUGUGGUCACUAAAGAUCCCAUGGCACUUAUCAUAAGAGUAGGGGUGUUAACCCCGGUGUCCUGGCUAAAUUCCCAAUCUGUCUCUCAUACCAUCAUGGUCACCUUAUCAUCUCCAGCUUCCAAUUGGCUCAUUCAUCUGCUCUCCCCUGUAGCGAUUCCCCAGGUCGUUGCUGUAAAUGACAAUGUGACGCUGUGCUUUUUACUGUCUUUCCUUCCUCUGAAAGUGUACUUACAGAAUAUAUCAUCCCUUUGUAAAAGUUGAGUAUAAAUCAUAUACACAGAC